ACAUGUGACACAGUUAUUAUUUAGUCUGGCAGACACCAGUGUCACAUCUGAGAUGCAGGUCCUGCUCAUUUCCUAAAACCGGAUUCCCUGCACUACCUGCAAGAAAGAAUUCUCAAUUAUAUAGAAUCACUGGCCGUCCCUUCUGGCAUGUAUCGGUCAUACAGGCUUAGGGAGCACUACAUGUUGUCGCUGGAAACUUACCAGCUCUCCCCACACUAAAGAGGACCUGAGUCUGCAAAAAAAAAAAAGGAAAGGCAUAACCAAAGCUAAGGUUUAUAACAUGCUGAAUAAGCCAAAGAAAAGUUUUGAUCUCUGAAAUCCGACGUCCUAAUCUCAUCUAUAAACUCCUUCAAGGCUGUUGGAUUGUUAUUUAUGUGAAAACUGUCUCUUGUGACUUUUGCAGGGUGACAUCUGUCACUUAUAUCAAGCAGGCAUAUGGCUGCCUUAUCCUACACCUGUUAGUAUGGGCAGCAGGAGGACAAAUUUGGAAGAAAGUGAUUCUUAUUAUUAUUCUGUUAAUAGUGGAAGCAGCAGCUAGUUCCUGUGAUGGUAAUACCCAAAGCAAGCAGUGGCUUACUGAAGAGCAGGCAUCUGGUUCUACAGCCGGUAAGAACACUUUGGAGCCUUCGUCAAGGCAACUUUGAUAGAAAGGUAGAAGAUAGAUGAUAGAUAGAUAGAUAGAUAGAUAGAUAGAUAGAUAUGCUUUAAGAUGCUAUAUUAACAACAACAAUCUGCUAUCCAUCUUGGAGUUAUAGCAUGAAAAUUCAGGAGUUAAAAAAAAUAGGGUUUUGUAACAGCUUAACCACAACAGUUGUUAUUUUGCUUUUAACUGUAUGUGUAUUUCCUGAUUUCUAAGUAAUACAAACUCUUGGCUUGUCUGUUGCUUGCAAGCUGGGCCCUUCUUACACGUUGUACUAUACUACAGAUUUAUAUGUUCGUACAGAUUUAGUGGGUUCAUUUUGGAAAGCAGUAUUAAAAUACUAAAAAUGAUUGUUUAGAAGGUGCAGAACAAGAAUAUCUCAGGAAAGGGGAUUGCAGGUGUAACCAUAUAUUCUUUGGAGACAUGCAUACCAUAAUAAUCCAUGUAUACUCUUGCCUUCCCAGACACUUUUGUAACAGCUUGCACUUCAAGAUGUAUUUUAACCUCUCCGAUGUCAGUGGAAUCGCUGCUUUUUAUGUUCACAUGGUUAAUCACAGCUGAACCAUAUAUCUUUUGUUUUAUAGGACAACAAACGUAUUUAUAACUUUAAACAAGAAAAAGCUUAAAAAGAAUGCUGCCAGGCUGGGUCUCAAGCCCUAAAUCAACGUUUUUACAUGGGUUAUAUGUCCUUUUUUUUCCAUAAAAAUAGCUGCUCCUUGAAAUAUUUUUCUUAAAAUUAAUUUUAAAUCAUGCAUUUAAUCUGAAUGUGCAAAUAUAUUAGUGUGAUGAUAUCUAGCCAAUUACAGAAAUAUGGCUAAGGGUACAUACUGGAUUGUAUGUGUAUUGACAGGUAGUUUUUGGGCAGGAACUGCUUAAGUGUAGAUUUUCUGUCUGAAACCCACCCUGCAUGAGCACUGACAGGCAGGAAAAACUCUACGUGUGAUAUUGGCCUUAUAAUAUUCAAUAAAUAGUAGUGCAGAAAGCACUUUAUUUCUGAUACCAAAGACUCCAAAAGAAAAAAUGACUCUCAAACAAAUAGAUCACAACAUUUUUAAAGUGAAAGUCAUAAAUCUGUUUUAGAUGGUCUGUUUCAAUUAGUAGCCUUCCUCUUCAUUAGCUGCAAUGCUACAGUCAUAGUCACUUUAUUGUUAUUCUUAUUUUCUAUUGCCUGUGUUUCUCUUCAGGCCCUAUUUUUAACCCUGACUUUCAAACCAUUGCCUAAUUGCUCGGCCAUAGCAACCAGGUGAUCUAAAUUCCAAACCCGAGAACAAUAAGACAAGAAGCCCAUUUGUCUUAAAAUGCUGCUGGCUACACCAUGUUAUAAGAACAUUUUAAGGUGAAAAAAGACUAAAAUCCCUUCCCUGUCAAUGAUGCAGGGUGUGGAGCACUGGCAAGAAAGUUUAAAGAGUGCCACUGAUGUACAUUCUCUGGGUAAAUAAAUAGGAUGACUUUUAAAACCUGCCACUGAAUGUAAAAUAUAGAUUUUUAGGUGAAGUAAGAUGAUAUUUCUGCAUUCAGUUUAUCCCAGUACAUACCUGCAAAUAACUCCAAAAGUAAUGUUCUUCUAUCAGUUUUCAUCAAGACUUAUUCUAAUCAUGUAAAACAGCAAAAUAAACAUUCUGACUUUCAUUGCAUUAUACAGGUUGCACAUAAUCAGAUUUAGUUGACCAAGAGCAUUCCUAUUAUCCAUCUUCCUCAUUUAAUAUAAUCAUUUAGGCAUUGUUAUAACAUUUUAACAAUCUCUGAUCAUUUUAUUUUUCAAAGCUUGGGUGCCACGCUAUUUGCAGAUGUUUUGCGUUUGGUGAGAUUUUCUUAAUCCUUCUGGAAUACUGCUGGCUCUGUAUAAAGUGAAUAAGUCCCCAGAGAUCAAUUUAAGAAGCUGAGCAGGUGAGGUAUACCAAGAGCUACCCAGCACUAAGGUACUCUAGAAGAAUCUGUUCCGAUGAGGUCCUUUGCCACGAUCACCUCUGCACCUAUACUGGAUGUAAGAGUGUCUGGACAAAAUGGCAGUCAUUACAGUGCAUGAUAAGUCUGAAGCUGUGGAAUUAUGUAACACACAUCGGCUUUUUCUUAAACCAAAAUCAAAGUUAUUAAUCACAGUGAUACUUCCAGAAGAAAGAGACUGUUCCAGGCCAAUACCAAAUCGGGAGAUUUUAGAACAGUUAAAGAAUUUGGUGGAUCCAGAACAAUUUAGUUCUCUGAAGGUUUUAAGAAAUGCAAAAGAGUAUGUGCGCUUUGAAGGUGAAGCUGAUACAAAAAUAUUAGCUCAAGUACUCUUGGAAAAGCUGAAUGGUACAAAGCUACAAAUAAACUGUGGUGAGGAGCCACUGAGUAUUGAUGUCAUGGAGGUUUCCUUGGACUUACCAACUGACGAAGAGUUACAGAUCUUUAUGCCAAAACCUGAGGGGAAUUCAGAAAAUCAUGAUUCAGAAAAUAAUAUGAUUCCACCUGCAAUCUGUUUGGAGGGGUUACCUUGCAAAUGGUUUUCAGUGGGCAGUAUGAGUACUGAGAAGCCAAGUGAAGAUGUUCUCAGAAGUGCAUUUGAGAAAUAUGGAAAACUUUCACAUUUAGAUAUACCUAUGCUUGAUCCAUAUAGAGAAGAGGUUGUUGGAAACUAUAACCUAUCUUUGGGAGGUCUUCAAACCUUUGAGGCCUUUCUUCAAUAUAAAGAUAUACCAAGCAGUAUAAAUGCAAUUCAGGCACUUUGCGGAAUGAAACUGAUGUAUUCAAGUGAAGACGGCAAGUGUUUAGCUUGUGAUAUAAAGGUGACCAUAGAUACAACAAAACACUUUAGUAAAGAGGCAAUAAGUAAGAGGAACAUUGAAAGACUUCAGCUACAGGAGUUGGAACAGCAAAGAAAAGAAGAAAAAGAGGAGGAAGCUGAGAGAAAAAGAAAGGCUAAAGAAAGGAAAUUAAGAGCAAGAAAAAGGAGAGCCAGAUUGAAAAGAAAGCUUCAGAAACAGAAAGAGCAAGAAAAAAAUACACAAGAGAAAGAUAUAUGUUUUGAAGACGUAGAAAACACAGAGGAAUGGGAAGAGAGGAAGCUGCUCCUAGCUCAAAGACGAGUUGAAUCAAUGAAUCUACUCUCUCUGCUCUUGGAUCAAAUAAAUAAUUUAGUAGAAGAGAACAAACUUAAUGAAGAACGUAUGGAAUGUGAUUUUACUGAAGACUCCAGUGACAGCACAAUAUCUACAUAUUCCCAACUGAGUAAAUCCCUGUCCAAUGGAAAUUUAAAGAAAAUUGAGAGCAGACAGCAGGAGACUGAGAGUGAAGAUCAUUUUCGAGAAAUGCCUCCACAUCAAAAACCUUAUUUUCCAUUUGAAAGAGAAUAUACACAUCAAGUUAUACGAAAAACAUUUACAUCAGCAUGCAAAAGUAACCUGGAUUUUGAAUUUCAACCUGCUACAUUUAAAGAGGAAGAAGAUGAGGCAGAGUCAAUCAAAUCUAAUUAUUCUGAGCAAGAACAUUUGAAAAGACUGCAGUCUCAGGACACUUCCAGUGUUGGAUACUGCAGAAAGAUAAAAGUUUAUGAAACUGAGGAAUUCAUCAAUUAUUUGCUGAAUUAUUAUGACUACCCAGAAUAUGCAAGGUUGUUUUUUGAAACUAAGGAUACUGAAAGCAAAGUUCUGGGUUCUAGAGUGGUUUAUUAUAAUGGUGAUACUGUUCAGAUAGAAGUCAGAAACAUACACUGUAAUUUUCCUGAGAUAAAAACUGAGCUUUGCCACAAAAUGGACAAUACUGAACAUAGUAAAAGUAAAGUAACAGCAGCUAUUCAGAAAUCAGAGAGUUCAACCGAGGCUUUGUUUUUUAAAGAAUUUCCUAAGGAAACUGACAAUCAUUUAGCUAAAGAUGAGCCGAAGCCUUCUUUAGAAACAGCAAGGUCUCACUGUGCAAAAGACCACGAGGAACCAUUUGCAAAAGAAUGGAAAAAUGAAGAAUCUGCCAGUAGUUCAGAAUCUAGUGAUGAGCUAAAAGAUGUCCUAGAGCAAAUAAACAGCACUUCGGAAUACUUCAGUGAAGAGAAAAGUGAGUCAGCAACAAAAGUGAAUAAUACUAGAAAGAUCUCCAAAAGGCAAAGGAAUAUGACUUGCUUGAAAAAAGCGAAAUCUUGCUGUCAUUGUGAGCAAAAUAAGAUUUGCCACCAUGAAGAUAUAUUGGGGCAUUUGUUGCAUUCCUACUCGGUGUGCAGGCAAAUUAAAAAGCACAAAAAAUGCCAUCCAACACAAGCAUGCCACAAAGCCAAAGCUCAUCUACAUUGUGAUAGUGAAACAAGUGAUACCGAUACAGACAAACAAGUAUGUGUAGCAAAGAAGAGAAAGAAGGUGAAAAAAAAUCCUAUUAGCUGCACUGUGGUGGACAGAAACCAAUCCAAAGGAAAGGGCUUCAAUGCAUACAGACUGGCUGGUGUGAAUGAUUCACUUCAGAAAGAUAGCUAUAUGUGGCAAGAUGAAAUACCCAACAAAUUAUGCUGUUAUGGAGAACAUCACAAAAAAGGUAGAAAAAUAUCAAUUCCCCAACAAUACUACAGUCCAGAAUACAAAACAGAAGAACGAUCAUGGCAUUCUGAUGAAUCUCCCAGUUGGUCUAGCUCAAGCCCCGACCAUCCGUCUGUCUCUACCUUGCAAUCAGACAUUUGUUCCAAAGGAUCAUUCAAUGACUCUUUAGAGUGGGAGCAUAAUUUCUAUUGUGGGGAAGAACUCGGUAAAAACAAGUACAAAAUAUAAUUUAUAAAAUUAACCUAAAAAUUAACCAAUGUUCUUUUGAACUGUAUAUGUUAUGCGUCUUUUAUGAUACAUAUGCACCAUUUAGAAGUAAGCUAUCCUGCCACAAACAUAAUUGUUGCCAAACUUCAUCAGAAUAAAUGUCUUCAGUACUGUACUGUACUGCAAGAUGGAGUGAUAUCGUCCCCCUCCCUUCCUCCUCCCCCACAGCAGCCUAACAACAG